ACCACCAGCGCUCAACAACUUUCAACUGUUUUGGCCAUCCCACCGCUCUCAUAACGAUGGCAGAUGUCCAAACGGUGCCUCUGCCAGUACCGAUCCACAUCGUCAACUCCGCGACCCAACAGGUUAGAAGUGGCCGGCGACAAGGAAGCGUUGCGGAUGUUGUCGACAAUUCAGAAGUCCCAGAUGAGUCAAUUGGAAGCGGCCCAGAGGACGAAGAGUCGCCGCCAUCAUCGGUCGACGACGACGACGACGACGUGGUGACUGCCGCCGAGCCUAGCACUGCGUCACUCGUAUUCGCGUUCAUUCCCGAGCUGUUCCCGUUCUCCGAUGCGGACCUGUCCGAGCUAGAGAAUGCGGUUCCUUUCCCUUUCCACGACGUUAACUUCCCCUUGCAAGAGCUUGUGGACCUCGAAAUCGAUAUAGCCGAGUUUCCAUUCAGCGAGGAGAGCGAAAUCGACCACGGUCCUGUCUUCACGGGCAUCUACCAUGUCUGGGCUCCGGAAUCUAUCGAAUCGCAGUUCCCUUUCUACACCAUGGAUGCCGAGAACCUGGCUAUGACGGAUGUAAUUCACAGCGGAAACAAAGCAUCUUUCUACGAGUCUGCGUCCAAUUACGACUUCUAUCGGCCAUUCCCUCGAGGCGAGACCCUCAGGAAACUCCGGACCCCUAAGAAGGAUUUCAUCAAGGUCGUUCCAGGAAGCUUGCGGAAACUCCUCGACCUCCCUCUUGAGCUCUUCUUCGACAUCCUGGAGCUGUUUCAUCCCCUCGACUUGCUUCACCUCUCCCGUGCAGCGCGAUGUUUCAACCAACUUCUGCAGACAUCCCGAGGGAAGAAAGUUUGGACAGCCUCGUAUCAGAACCACCCUGAGCUUCCCCACAUCCACGAAUCGCUAUCCAGCUCCCACUGGACAGCAAUGCUGUUCGACUCCAAUACUACUUGUGAUUUUUGUGGCGCGCGAGGCGCCCUUCUCGAUUUCGCCUUCAACGAGCAUUAUUGCGACAGCUGCCAAACCAAGCUCCUCAUGGAACCCUACGAGGUUCGGGGCAUGCUCGAAGAUCACCCUCGCCAAUGUGACAUCAUCCUCGAGUUACUGGUUCCUACUUACCGAUCGGGCGGCCGUAGAUAUCAGACGCUAUAUGACUCUGAGGAGAAUGCGCGGUAUAGAAAGAAGGAUGUCGAAGAGAUGUUGAAGACCCUUACGACAUGGUUCAUCACGAUCGACGAAGGGAUGGUUCCUGAGGCUGGAGAGGUGUUUGAGAAAUGGCAGCAAGAAAGGAUCAAGGAGGUCCAGAUCAUUCACUCUAACGCGCAGCGAUUCAAUAUGUGGGCACACCAAGUCACAUACGACAUCGUUGGCAGGGUAUCAGAGACCCAGCGGCGCCUUUCGGAACGGAUCGCGAACCGACUCAUGAAAAUGGGACACGAUGAGAGGGACACCUCCGCCUCGGCGUCCGAUAUCUACUUCUACCUCCGUGUGGAGGAGAUCAUGAAGUUGAGUUCCAGAAUAUUCGAGCAACACAAGGCGAUCUUCGAAUCUAAGGUCCUCGCCAACAAGAGGUGCCGACUAAAGAAGGAGCGGAAAGAUUUCUUCAAGAAGGUGUACCAGGACUACAAGAAGACGCUCAAACCCGAAAAGUGGGCGUACCUGCCCCCAGAAGACGUAGUCUCGUAUGAAGAUAUCUUCAACGACUACAUUCACCAAGAUGGAAUUGAGGACCUCAAGGAAUUGGCGAUAGAGGAAGCCAACGCCCAGCUCCCGCAAAUCAUCGCCGAAUGGAUCUACCAACGCCGUCUAGAGCUGUACGAGCUUAUCCCUGGUGUCGAGAUGCCUCAGGAUCCGCCAGAGGAGAACGAAGAAGGGCUCUCGCCGGAAGAGAUCGAGAAGCGGGAGAAAGAGAGGGAGGAGACGAAGAAGCAGACUCUCACUGUCCUAAUGGACCAGCGGAUGAGCCUCGCCACCUCCGUCUUCAGCUGCCACUCGUGUAAAUCCGGGCGCCAUGCUGCUCUUGCCAUCAUCGGGUGGGAUGCAGCGUGUGCACACAUUUGUGGUAGCCACCCGUCCUAUUUCCACACGACAUGGGAGUUCUGUUCGGUUGGCUAUGCAGCUGCGGCGAAUAUCAUUCGGUCGUUGGGCCUCAAUCCUGAGACUGCUACUCCGGAGGACUUGGACAAGAUUGAUGCGAGGUUCUUCUGUGGCAACUGUCCCGUUACCCUGCAUAGGAAGUUGCGUGGACGGAAGGCCUAUACCUGGAGAGAAUGUGUCUCGCACGCGGUGGAGAAGGAAGAAGAUCACUCCCAUGCCAUUCCCGCUUGGCUUCGCCUGUCCGAUGAAGCCACGCAGUUUGUCAAGCGGCAGGAAACGCAGCCACCGUUGUACAGGAAGGCGAAUUGGGGUUGCAAUCACUGCCCCGAGCACCUCGAAAAGCCUGUGAUGCGCAAGGAAGCGAUCGAGCAUGUGAAGAAAGCUCACUCCAUCGAGACACCCGUCCAAGGCACCGACUUCAUCGACUUUAUCAACCGUUUCGAAGCGGGAGGUUUCUAUCGACGGCGUCAUAUCUUCCAUUACAGCAUCGAGCCUACAUGUAACCUCAUCUGCAAGGUCUGUCCGGAAGGCAAGGUACCCAGGAUGUGGACUAUCCAGGCUCUCGUACCGCAUCUCUUCCACAGGCAUGGAAUUUCGAUGCCCUCACAUCAAAGGGACUAUCGCAAGAUCGAAGUUCUUGCUUCUGACUAG